CCGGCUAUCAGGACAGAACAGCAGCACUACAACAUGCGGUCACUCAACGCAAUCACGUCGCGUGCACUCUGCAUACACUCAGUUCUUUGCCGAUGGGGUAUUGAAAAAUCGCUGCAGACUCAGGGCCCUGAACUACUCAAACCACGUGAACAGCUUGAGGAGGCUGCUUCCAAAUUGCUUGUAGCUGUUUCCAACCCUAGCCUUGCGGAGACACUGACGAAGAAG